CGUCGAAAGAAUAUACCACACAACCAACCAUGGCCACCACCGACGGAGGAGUUGAGCUGCCAACGCAACAGCCCGAACAAGUCGAGCAAGCGAACCAAGUCGAUCAAGUCGAAGAAUCUGCACCGGCAGAGACAACAACCAACGAUGAGGAUAACGAAAUUGACGACUUAUUUGAUGACGACGAUGAAAUAGUGCCUGAACUGAUAUCGGGCGACCACCACGACUUUACCAAAGCAUACAACCGCCAGCGAAAGCUCAACGAUACGAACAUACCAGACGAUCACAAGCCCAAGUCGAACCCACAGAAGCCUUCAGCCAACACAAAUGCCUCCAUCGAUGAUCAAGUCGCAUCGCUAUCAAAGCAUGCCGGCAAGAUUCGCCUCACGGGGAACAUGACGGGCGCGUCGGGGGGCAACGCAAGGAACAAAGACAAGGCAGACCGCGCGACAACUGAACAAGUGUUGGACCGAAGGACUCAGAUGAUCCUGCUCCAGCUCAUAAACCGCGGCGCAAUCUCAGAGAUUCACGGUGUCAUCUCCACAGGAAAAGAAGCCAAUGUCUACCAUGCUAUGGUAGAAGCUACGGAUGAUGAUGCCGAGUCCAUCCACCGCGCCGUCAAGGUAUACAAAACGUCCAUCCUUGUCUUCAAGGACCGCGCCAAGUACGUCGAAGGCGAGUUCCGCUUCAGACAGGGAUACAACAAGAGCAACAACCGUGCCAUGGUACGGAUGUGGGCAGACAAGGAGCGCAGGAAUCUGGCCAGAAUACACGAUGCAGGUAUCCCGUCACCAAUGGCUCAUGCGCUGCGAAACCACGUUCUUGUCAUGGGCUUUGUGGGCGACCGCAAGGGCAAGGCCGCGCCUCGUCUAAAGGAUGUGCGCUUCGAGGGUCUUACAGCAGAGGAAGAAGACGCAAAAUGGACCAGUCUCUAUCUCGAGAUGCUGGCCUACAUGCGCAUAAUGUACCAGACAUGUCGCCUCGUCCAUGCCGACUUGAGCGAAUACAACGUCCUGUACCACGAAGGCAAGCAAUGGAUCAUCGAUGUCUCGCAAGCCGUCGAACACGACCAUCCCCGCUCUCUCGAGUUUUUGCGUAUGGAUAUCAAGAACGUAUCUGAUUUCUUCCGCUCACGCAAUGUUGAAACGCUUAGUGAGCGCAAGGCUUAUGCCUACAUCACAAGUGAAUCAGGUGCCAAGACUGUUCAAGAGCAACCACAGAUGGAAGACAGCAUCCGUAGCUUGUUGAACAAGAAGCCGUUGACCGAGGAGGAAAGGAAGAAGGAAGAGGAAGACGACGAUGUCUUCCGCAACCAAUAUAUCCCACAGACACUCGAACAAGUCUACGAUAUUGAACGCGAUGCUGAGCUUGUCAAUGCUGGUGCUGGCUCCGACCUUCCAUACCAAGCCCUCCUUGCUGACAGAGUCGUUAACAACGAAUCUGAAGGCGAGGAUUCAGACGAUGGCUCGGAUGAUGGUAGCUCGUCUGAGGUUGAUCAAAGUAUCUUCGAAAAGGGCCCAAGUCGUGGAAAGAAACACGUGGAUCAUGACGAGAAGGUCGCACACAAGAAGGCCGUUAAGGAAGAGAAGCGGGAGAAGAGGAAGGAGAAGAUGCCGAAACACAUGAAGAAGAAACUGACCAGUCAAGGCGGUGGCCGUAAGAAGUGAGCUUGGAUAUCAACCGACCUUUGAGUCUUUCAGCGAUUGCAGGGAACACCUACAGCGCGCAAGUAUAUGCGCUUGCUCGCAUGCGAUGGUGGGAGAAGCAUGAAGAGGAGAAGCCCAGCCAAACUCAGGUCACCGCAGUAUUGUGGUCGUCAUUCAGAAAGCUUCGAGUCCUUUCUUUCCAAGUCGUAUCUUGGAUUACAAACUACCGUAGCGGUACACACUACGGUGUGUUCUAUAAGCCUCUGAGCUUGGCUCAGAAAGAGAGCUUCGUUGUAGCACGCCUGUGUAGACCACAAGUACUGGGACUUUGCUCCGGUACGGUAGAUAGAUGCGAUUGCCGCUUUUAAAGUGGUAGAAUCAAAAAUUGUUCCGCCAUUUGGCGAAGUGUCUUGUUUAACUUCAUAGCAUGUUCUUCCUCCACGCUCUCGUGCCCAGCUUCUCAAUCUCUGGUACCUCGACCGGCCCUCUGACCUCCUCAUCUUCCAGUGCUUCCACG